AGAUCAUUCCACCAAUUCAUCGGCCCCUCGGACACCGCGCACCGAACCGAACCCACCAACGCCCAUGCGUUCCGGCGCCGUGCGGCGCGCGGGCCUGGCGCUGCUGGGCCUGGCGCUGGGCCAGACCUUCGCCGUCUUUGGCCGCAAGAGCCGUGUGCAGUUGAAGCGGGCCACGCAUCGGCAACCUGAAGAGCAAGAGGAGGCCUUUCCACCGAAGCUGGACGCGUGGGAAGCGGAGGUAGAGAAUGACGAGAGCUUCGGGGAGAACCAAUUGGACGCCCCUGAAGAAGCUUCCACUCGGAGAUUGUCCGGCACUACCUUGCCCAAGGAUGAGGAGGAGAGUUUAGAUGUGGAGCUUGAAGCUUUGGCCUGCCAGGUGUUGCCGAGCAAAGAGGACCAGCUGCGAAAGGUGAAGAUUUGGAAGGAGUUGCAAGACAUUUCCCAGCUGGUCUUGGGCAAGGACGCAGAGGUGUGGCCCUUCGGCUCCAGCGCCAAUGGCUGUGGGGAGCGCGAUGCCGACAUGGAUAUGGUGGUGAGUCACCCUGCUCGACCUGACCGGAAUAAGAGGGACAAAGUGUCAGCCCUGUGUGCCUUGGGCGAGGUCUGCGAUGUACAGGGCUUCGUGGUGCACGAGCUGCGCUCGUCAUCGAAGGUGCCGAUCCUGAUCCUGGAGAAGGAUGGCUUUGACAUCGAUGUGAGCUACAACAACUUGCUCCCACUCCUGAACACCCGCCUCUUACGCAGCUACACGUUGCUGAAUCCUCGGCUCUCUGUGGUGGCUCUGGCGGUGAAACGCUGGGCAAAGGCACAUCACAUCGCCAAGUCCUAUGAAGGCUUCAUCUCUUCUUAUGCUUGGACGCUCAUGGUGGUCUACUAUUUCCAGAUUUCCCGACAGCUUCCCUGCCUGCACGCGCUCGUGGGCGAAGAAACACCCAUAGACUUUGCCGCCCGCUUUGCCACCCUGGAGGAAGCGCACGAGGCCUGGAUGAACAGCCCGCCGCCAUGGAGCUGUGCCCAGUUGUUGCGGGGCUUUUUCGAUUUCUACGCGAAUGAGUUUGAUUGGAAACAGGAUGUGGUCUCAGUCCGACUGGGACAGCGGAACUCUACCAUCCGCUCCCGACGCUUGAUUCAGCUGAAGAACAAAAGGAUGCAUUUGCACAUUGAAGAUCCCAUCGACAUCCGGCGGAACUUGAAUUUUGCUUUGACGAAGCAGACCGCUGACACCAUCCACUUGGAAAUCGGCUGGGUAGAGCAGCAGCUCAAAAAUGGCUUUGGCCUUGGUGCCUUGGGUAUCAAGAUUCCGCCAUGGGAACCACAUGAUUGGAAACAAUGCAUCGAGGAUGGUUUCUUGGAGCUUCCGGAUCGCGAUCAGCUCGAGAGCGUCCUCCCAGAAGGCGAUCUUCGCAGGGUCAUGAAGAUCAAAGGCAGCGGAUUAUAUUGCUGCCCAGAUUGCAUGACCUGCUUUCGAUCUCUUCACCACCUGGAAGACCACAGAGCCGCCAAAGAGCACUUGGGAUAUGCCAACAGAUUGGAGCUAAAGGGUCUCUUAAGAUCCAUGAGCAUACAGGAGAUGCGAGACGUUUGGCGCAGACGACUGGAGCAUUCUCCAGAGGAAAAAGUCUUGCCGGCCAAGAAGGGCAUGUAUUGCUGCCAGUUGUGCGGCAAGAGUUUUCUGCGUUUGGGAGAUUUGGAUCAGCAUGUCGAGUCGACUGGGCACUUGUUUCUCUUGGAGCCGGACGUCCUCUCCGAGGAGAUGGAAGAGCAGGGCGCCCAGCUGAAGCGGUCGGAGCCCGAAAGACCUGGAGCGCGCCGGAGGAAGUAUCUCCGACGACCGACAUAGCACGGACCGAGAUGAGCACGCGCACUGGAGGUAGCAAAGCCUCGGCGUGAUGCUGAACAGCCGCCGAGAGACCGCCAGCGGCGGAAGAGAUUGCUGGGAACAUGGCUGGUGGGAGUCAUUUGGGCAGCCGAUCUGCGAAGGAUGGUGCGAAUGAAUGCAUGCAUUCUGCGACCUGAAUCCUUCAGCCCAGUUAGACGCUGCUGGGAAGACGUGAGGGGAUGCCGACAGACGCCCAAGGAAACGCUGCGAGGAGAACAGAUGCCCGAGGAGGCCUGAAACACAUCGCUUCACACACACGCUGGGCGGUGGGUGAGUCAGAAACCUGAGAUGGCCAUGGAGAGGAGGAGAAAAAGAGCCGGAAGAAUCUUGAAGACUUGUUGACGUUGACAUCAUGAAGGCGAACGGGCCAGCUGGCCGCGGGGUUUCUACAUGUGGUCCGUUUCAACGGAGCCACGUUGUUUCAACGAGCAUCGAAAAAGUGAGCCGAAACGUCCCUUCCCCGGAGGCCAUGAAGAUCAUGAAGUGGUUCUGUCCAUGUUGGAACCACGCCUGCACAUCCCAUGGCUGAAGACUCGUCCAAGUCGGCUUUUGAGAUAGUAUCGUCACUGAGCUCGACAUGUGAAAACGCGUGACAUUUGGGAUGUUUGCUUUCUACCUGAUAUGUGAC